AUGGAGGCGCCGGCCGAGCUGCUGGCCGCGCUGCCCGCGCUGGCCACUGCGCUGGCGCUGCUGCUCGCCUGGCUGCUGGUGCGGCGCGGGGCGGCUGCGAGCCCGGGUCCCGCCGGCGCGCCCCCGGAGCCCGCGACCCCGGUGCCGGCAAGUCCCCGCGUCCCCGAACCGGCGGCYGCUCCCGGGGGGCCGGGACUGCCCGAGGGCCCGGAGGAGCCCACGGAGCCCGGGGAGCCCGUAUCAGCGCCGGCCGAGGCCGAGGAGCAGGCGGCGGAGGCGAGGCAGGAGGAGGAGCAGGACUCGGACAGUGAGAAGGACCCUCCCCCAGCAGGGCCUGAGGACGAGGACGGAGAGACCUUCUCCUUUAAGUACAGCCCUGGGCAGCUGAGAGGAAACCAGUAUAAGAAGAUGAUGACCAAAGAAGAGCUGGAGGAGGAGCAGAGAGUUCAGAAAGAGCAGCUGGCUGCCAUCUUCAAGCUCAUGAAGGACAACAAGGAGACGUUUGGCGAGAUGUCCGACGGUGACGUGCAGGAGCAGCUCCGGCUCUAUGACAUGUAGCCCUCACCGCAGACCAGGUCGCCAGCACCAUGUGACACAGGGUGUCCUGGACACAGUGCCAGGCCGUUCCCUGACCCCUGGCCCACAUAUUUGCUACUUUCAGCCUUUUGUAGGCUUAACUUUGUCUUAGAAAGUAGGUGCAGAUGUGCUCAGUUCUUGCCAGUUGUAUAUCAUCUUAGAGGAGUCAGCCUUGUUUUCUUCCAAGGAAGAAACCCCUGACCCCUGUGGCUUCUGCUUGCUGGUGAGGUUCCUGCUGUCACAUGGGUCAUCUUCCAAGACAGUGCAGCCUCCCACCAGGCCCAGGCCAGUGGUCCCGGAGCGCUGACUCUAAGGCUCCACACUCAGCGCCCCGCACAUGGUGUGGAGAGAAUUCAGGGUGCUGUGGGGAAGACUCACAGCCGUUCCUGCUGCUGGGGUGUCUCCUCUAAUAACACGACAAACAGCCUCGCUGUACCUUAGAAGGAUUUCUGGAAGUUCCUGUCGUGUGGUCAGGCAGUAGGGGAGUG